GGACUUGCCUGGGCUUUCGGGGCGGGAGAAGGGUGGGAUCAGGGAAGCGCCCCUCAUGUGUGUGUGGGGGGGGGAGCCAAAAGUUCCAAAUAGGCACGCGUGGCUCGGCGUUUGUUCGGCUCCUUUGCGCGCUUCAGGCUCCCGCAUCCUGAAAGGCCGACCCCCGCCUCACACUCCCACCCACCUGCACCUACCUUUUUUCAUACACCAUGUGCUUUUUUCUGGGGGUGGGGGGGUGGGGUGGUUCUCCCUGCCCGUCUCUCCUGCUCUGGGUGCACCUUCCCUUCAGCCCCUCUUUCCCACCCCAAUUUCUGAAUCUUAACCAUGACUCGGGGCUGCCAGGUAUAGUCUCCCCUUCCCUUGAAUACACAACCACCUUGUGCAGUUGAGAGUUUCCUCUUCUCUCUGGGAGCGCCUUCACUCCCGUGUAUCACACACAUACACGUCUACGCGGUACUUUCUCUUCAGGAGGAAAUUGCCAUUUCCUCUCACUGUCUUCUCCCUUGCAAGGUAUUUCCAGAGGAGUUUUGUUGCGGAGAUAGAGAAAAGGCUAGUCUUGCGGGCACCUUUGAAGACAAACUUACUGUGGGGAGAGUCUAACAGAAGAUGAUGCUUCUCUGUGUUGCGCCCAAAUCCUAAAUUCGUUGACUUGCUGUGUUCCGCAGGGCUUACUCCUGGGUAGGUGCCACAGGAUUGUAGCCUUAUAGCACAAUCCUGACCAUGUAUAUUCAGAAAUGAGUCCUGUUGAAUUCAGUAGGGUCAUGGCUGCAGUUUUAGUCUUUGUUGAUGUGUAGACUGUAUAGGACAUCAGAUCCACACACCCUGUUUCCACCACCUGUAUCCCUUUACUAGUCCCCUAUCCUCCAUUCUCUUUGACUCAUUCCUUCUCAUACCCCAGCCCAGUGGCAUCCUGUAUGAAGAACCUUUUUAGCUUCCUCUUUGCACCCUGUUUCAUAUUUCCAUUGUCUAUCGUGUGAGGGCCUCCUUGUUUUCCUGUUCACUGGAUCCUCUCAACCUGUGGGUUCUCUCCCUCCUCCCAUCCUGUUUUUGUGCCUCCAUUCUUCCUGGAUCCCCAUUCCUCUGCCCCUUCCGCAUUCCCUCUUAGCGCUUCCUUUUGGGAAGAGCUGCUUGGGAUGAAUGAAAGAGACCCAGACCCUGCGACUCCCUCUAUUCCCUUUCUACUUUGUGAUGUUUACCUGUCCCUCCCCCCUGGUCCCUGCACGAUGAGGUUGGAAGAAACACUAGAAAUUAGGGUUUAGGCGGUUUACUAGCAAAGCUGUUUGUAGCCACCACCCCUUCCUUACUGUUUGGAGUGUGUGUGCAUCAUGCGCCUACGCAAGCAACUCAAGCGGUUUCAAUCAGGCUAGCAGGGGAGAAGUGUCGUUUGCCGCCUUCUUGCAUUUGGUGUUGUGGUACUAGUCUGGUGCUCACUGUUGUGAUGGGAAUUUGUCACUUGUGAACAUAUGAGGCCAGUGUAUUGAGCUUUAGAAAGGGGACACCAUCCUCAUGAUACACUGACCUAAGGCAGAUUUGUUUUGUCAAUGAAUGUGUUUGUACAUAAUUAAAAAGCCACACAGCUUCCUGGUUUAAAAUUAUAUCCCUGAGUAAUCAUGAGACUUGAAAAACAAAUUGCAUAAUUUCAGCAGUUAUUCUUUGUGGACAUCGUUACAAAGCUCAAGAAUGAGUAGAGCUGCUGUAGGAGGGGUAAAUCUCUUUAAUGCUGUUUCAUAAGCAUGUUUUAUAUUUUACAAAGUAUGCUUUGUAAGAAUAUUUGUUUGAAACAGACUUAUUAUAGCUCCCAAGUAGAACAGUUAUAUCCAGAAAUCUGCCUAGUGAAAUACCGCUGUUUUUGUGAAGAGCAGAGGAGGCUAAUAAUGUGAAUAUUGCCUUGUUUAACUUACUGUAUUUCUUGGCACUUCAGUGCAUGUAUUUGUAGGUCAUGAAAAAGCCCUUUUUUAAAUUGACAAAGACCUUGAAGAGUGACUUAAUACUAAAGAUGGUAGUGUACACACACAAAUAUUUGAGUGACUUUGGUAAUAUUGUGGUAAUAUCUAACGUAAGAACACUGGUGUGUGAAAUAAUCAAAGACAAUGUAAACUAAGUAUAAACAAUGGUAGUGUCUUAAAUAAUGCUAAUUAGGUUAAUAAACUUCAACAGACAACCUUUGGAAAACUGCUGAAUGUGUAUGCUUUGCCAGGUAAGAAAUAUACUUGUGUGCAUUUUUGUUUCUGUGCAAUGUGUUCCUUUUCUUUUGUCUCAAGCAGCUGUUCCCCAUUGGAAACUGACUUUGUCCGAGCUGGGCUAAAGUCCUGUUCCUGCUUGGUUUACCUGUUUGUACUUUCUUUAAUUAAGGAAGAAUCUGGUCCAUAUUCUAUGAAGAAAUGCAAGUGCAUAGCACUGUAUGUGCAGGAGGGAGGAAAGUAGGGGAGGAAAUAAGCAUUGGACUGGAUCAUCUCUGUGCAAUGCAAUCAUACUCAUCUUUACUUGGAAGGAAGUCACACUGUGUUCAGUGACAUUUACUCGCAGCUAAGUGUGUGUAGCUUUGCAGCCAUAUAGCACAAUUCUACGGUAUGCUUGUUUACUCAGAAGUAAUAUCCACUUUGUUUGUUAGAACUUACCGUACUUGCAGGCACUGGCAAGUGUGCACAGGAUUGCAGCCUGUAUUUAUUUGUAAAACAGAAUGGCUUGCACUUUGCAUCUGAGCAUGCAUACAAUGAAAGAUGAGCUUUAACAGGCUACUUUUGUGAUUAACACUAAGUGUUUGCUUUUGUUUUGCAAGCAGAUGUUUGUUUCUGUGAACAGAUGUGAUUUUAAAAUGCUCAUUAUUGGUAGUCAGUUCCAUUUUUGCAGUAGAAAGACAUAACAUUAGUUUUGUCUUGGGUGUGGCCUUUUGCAUUAGAAAACAUUGUAGUAUUUCUGGGAGGAACAAUUUUUUAUCAGCAAAUGUGUGACUUGCCUAGAUAAUGAGUGUGUUAGGGACAGGGGGCUCUCACAAGGGAGAGCUAACAGUGGCGAGGGCUGUUAAUCCUUCAGUUGCCUGCUGAUUGUCUUCUGCAGAUGCACCCCAAAGCUGCCGACCCUUACUACUUGUUUCAGUCAGAGCCUGGCUGGGAGUAGGGGAAUUAAAAACUGCCAGGUAGCUUGAAUUUUAAAAGAAGAAUCAGUAGGCAAGGUACGGUAAUUGUUAACUGCACUACUUUAAGCCUUACAAUGGAAACAUGAGAUUAGUACCCCUGGGCUUCCCUCAUCAUGUCUAGUUUCACUGGAAUGAAGUUCUGAUAUGUGUGAGUUAGUAAUUCUUGUGGACUUAUUUGCAGGUACAUAUAAUAAUAAUAAUAUAAUCAUCAUCAUCAUCAACUUUUAUUUAUAUCCUGCCUUCUCUGGCCAAAGUCGGGCUCAGGGCAGCUAACAUCAAAUAUAUAACAUUAGUAUAAAAUCAAACAAUAAUUAAAUUACCUCCUAAAAACAGGUCGAUUUGCCUUAUACUGAAUCCAACCUUAUGUUAGCCUGGUUCUCUCAUAAGACUUAAACGCUGCGCACAGCUCUCGCUUUGCUCCAUAAGAUGCACAGAGAUUUUCCCUUGCUUUUUAAGAGGGGAAAAAUGUGUCUUGUGGAGUGAAAAAUACGGUAUUUCCCACAAGCUGAAGUUCUCAUGCCAUUAUCAAGAUCAGCCCUCAUAGAACCCAUCACAGUAGCCUUUUGUAAUACUUAUAAAGGUACACAUAAUGGUUUCAAGGUUGUAACUGGAAAUAAAAGCCUAUUGUUGCCUUAAAUCUCAUUUGGCCACUGUAUGUACAUAUGUUUCAAUGGACCUAGGAGCCUCCCAUGCCUGUACGUGUGAGCAGUGUCAUGGUUAUCAGCCGAUGGUAGUAGAUACUCCCCCUCUUCCACUAAACCCAACCAGUACACUUAAUUAAAAGUUGACAUGGUGUUCAAAUGAUGUAUUGCCCCAGCAGCUAUCAAUUAAUUUGGGGUGGGAAGAAAAAAUGGCAACAUACCCCUUGAGUCCCAGAUGCACAAGUGAAACUCGGAAAAUUAGAAUAUCGUUGAGAAGUGCAUUUAUUUCAGUAACGCAACUUAAAAGGUGAAAUCAAUAUAUGAGAUAGAUGCAUGACAUGCAAAGCAAAAUAUGUCAAGCCUUUCUUUGUUGUUAUUGUAAUUAUUUGUCAUUAGGUGGGUCAAUUAUAAAUGGAAUGUAAUUAAUGAAAUGUAAUAGAGAUGUUUAUUUUGGUUUAAUUUUGUAUUAUUGUAACUAUUUGUUUUAUUACUGUGGAAUUUCCGAAAGAAAGCAUUUGUAAAAAUUAAAAGAAAAAUAAAAAAUAAUAAGUUGCAUUACUGAAAUAAAUGCACUUUUCGAUGAUAUUCUAAUUUUCCGAGUUUCACCUGUAUUUAUUCACUAAACUGCAAAGAAGAAGGAACAAUAUGAUGGAACAGCUGUUGGUUAACUCUAGAGGAGAAAGGUCACAUCAGUAAGUUGAUGGGUAAGAACAGUUGUGGGUUCUACCUCAUGCUAAGUCUCCUCUAAUGCUGGACAUCAGUUUGGAUUGCAUGGAGCAGGAAUAGCAAAAUACUUUUUUUACUCUUGCCGUUAGCUGAUAACAAUAUAUUCUCUCUUAUGAGUUUGUAAAUACUCUAGUCCAGGCAUCCCCAAACUUCGGCCCUCCCCUCCAGAUGUUUUGGACUACAAUUCCCAUCAACCCUGACCACUGGUCCUGAUAGCUAGGGAUCAUGGGAGUUGUAGGCCAAAACAUCUGGAGGGCCGCAGUUUGGGGAUGCCUGCUCUAGUCCAAUGCAAGAAGCAUUUUCUUCACUAUGCAUUCCAUGAAGAGUGAUUCCCUUGUCAAAAUUCCCAUAUUACUUUCAUUCUGGUAUGUCAACACCCUGAAAUAUUCAAUUGUAUUGGAUGCAUCAGCAUAUGAUCCAGGGCAAAUUUAUGAAUGUAGCUUUUGUAUCCUGAGUGACAAGUACAUUCAGUUAUUAAAUCUAAUUUAUUCAUCUAUAAUCUAUAAGCAGAAUAGACUAAAGAGUAGAUGGAAGUGUUGAGAAAGUCUGAAGCUUUGCCCUCUUUGUCCUCAGUUAUACAUGGAAUUUAUCUUGAAUACCAAAUACAAUCUGAAACUCCCUGCAUUCUGUUUCUAGCUUGCCUUGGUUUUGUAGUGGGUCAGCUUCUUCUUUUUUUAAUUUAUUUUUAUUAAAGAUUUUCUUGGUUUACAAAGUACCUGCAUUGUCUCUUUUUCCAGGUUGCACAGUCUUUCUCAGCUAUUUGUUGUGAGACAUUAGUGUUGAGUACAGUACAGUGGUACCUUGUGUUAUGUACUUAAUCCAUUCCGGAGGUCUGUUCGUAACAGGAAACCGCUCAUAACAUGAGGCGCGCUUUCUCUAAUGGCGCCUCCCGCUGCUGCCGUGCCGUCAGAGCACGACUUCUGCUCGCAUCUCAGGGCAAAGGUUGCAACAAGGGGCUUCCACUUCUGGGUUAGCGAAGCGCAUAACCCACCGCAUUCAUAAGGGGUACGGUACCUAACACGAGGUACCACUGUUGGGCUGUGAUGUGAUAAGGGGGAGCCAUACUGGGGUGAAGGCAUCCUCUUCUACUUGUCCCUGUGUCAGUUUCAGUUUAUUGGUUAGCUUUUCUAGUAAGGCCGUUUCCCAUACAAUUAGAUACCGGUACCAUUGUCCAUAUUUACUCCUGACAGGUCUCUCCAGUGGGUUAGCUUCUGACUGUGGACCCAAGUUUAGGAAGAGGAGAAUUUUGAGCAGACUGGUUUAGAGACAAUAGCAAUGAAGUCCUGCCCGUCACAUAUGCAACUUGGAGACUAUUGAUAAAAUUCACAGUUACAAAACAGUGGUUGGUACCUUAAUUAGACACUUGACCUUCAGUCAACUCUGCUAAUCUUGGAAAUAAAUAUGUUCAAAAUGAUAAUAAGUUUAGAUCCUUGCAGUGAAGAUUCAUACAGAAUGAAUUCCCAGAGUUGAAAAACAGUUCAUGUGAAGAAGGCAGUAGCAAUGUUUCUAGAUUAUAUCAAAGAUCCACAUCUUGGUACUGUACAACAUACGGAUAACAGAACAUCCAAUAAUGUGAUCAUCAUGUGAAACAGAAGGCUGUGUAGGAUCUGCUGAUCCAAGAGAAUAAGAGGUUGCAGGUUAUCCUGCAGGAAUCUACAAACAUAGUCUUUUGAUACUCUCAAGAGAAGGUACCUAAUAAAAAUGCCUCCAAGACCAUCAUCCGGUGAACUAUGGGGCAUCCAUUUGAUGCCACCAAGAAUCCUAGUAGAAUGUCUUCUACCUAAUGGCAUGAUAGUGACUUUAGAAUGCCUCCGUGAGGCCACCUUGUUAAAUAUUAAACACGAACUUUUUAAAGAAGCUCGAAAAUACCCUCUCUAUCAGCUCCUUCAAGAUGAGUCCUCUUACAUUUUCGUAAGUGUUACGCAAGAAGCAGAAAGGGAAGAAUUUUUCGAUGAAACACGGCGACUGUGUGAUCUACGGCUCUUCCAGCCUUUUCUAAAAGUCAUAGAGCCAGUAGGCAACAGAGAAGAGAAAAUUCUGAAUCGGGAAAUUGGUUUUGCUAUUGGCAUGCCUAUCUGUGAAUUUGACUUGGUUAAGGAUCCAGAAGUUCAGGACUUCAGAAGAAACAUUCUUAAUGUUUGUAAAGAAGCAGUAGAUCUGCGAGAUGUUAACGCACCCCAUAGUAGAGCAUUGUAUGUCUGUCCCCCAAACAUAGAAUCUUCGCCCGAGUUGCCCAAGCAUAUAUACAAUAAACUUGAUAAAGGACAAAUAAUAGUGGUGAUAUGGGUAAUAGUCUCCCCCAACAAUGACAAGCAGAAGUACACUUUAAAAAUCAAUCAUGAUUAUGUGCCAGAACAAGUCAUUGCUGAAGCAAUCAGGAAAAAAACACGAAGUAUGUUGCUGUCAUCUGAACAGCUAAAGCUCUGUGUGUUAGAGUACCAGGGGAAGUAUAUUUUAAAAGUAUGUGGUUGUGAUGAAUAUUUGCUAGAAAAGCAUCCCCUGAGUCAAUACAAGUACAUCCGGAGUUGUAUCAUGCUUGGUCGAAUGCCCAAUUUGAUGCUGAUGGCUAAGGAAAGUCUUUACACCCAGCUGCCAUUGGAUACCUUUACAAUGCCAUCUUAUUCUAGGCGUAUUUCUACAGCUACACCAUACAUGAAUGGAGAAGCUUCAGCCAAAUCCCUCUGGGCUAUUAACAGUAAUCUCAGAAUAAAGAUUCUCUGUGCUACCUAUGUAAAUGUAAAUAUUCGAGAUAUUGACAAGAUUUAUGUCCGAACUGGCAUCUAUCAUGGAGGAGAGCCAUUAUGUGAUAAUGUGAAUACUCAGAGAGUACCUUGCUCCAACCCCAGAUGGAAUGAGUGGCUGCAGUAUGAGAUGCACGUUCUUGAUCUUCCACGUGCGGCUCGGCUUUGCCUUUCUAUCUGCUCCGUUAAAGGGAGGAAGGGUGCAAAGGAGGAGCACUGUCCAUUGGCGUGGGGGAAUAUUAACAUGUUUGAUUACACAGACACUCUUGUUUCUGGCAAAAUGGCUCUGAAUCUGUGGCCUGUACCUCAUGGGUUGGAAGACCUGCUAAAUCCCAUUGGAGUCACUGGAUCAAAUCCCAAUAAGGAAACUCCUUGUUUAGAGCUGGAAUUUGAUUGGUUUAGCAGUCCUGUAAAAUUUCCUGACAUGUCUGUAAUUGAAGACCAUGCCAAUUGGACUAUAUCUCGAGAACUGGGGUUUAACUACAGUCAUGCAGGACUGAGUAAUAGACUAGCACGAGAUAAUGAAUUAAGAGAUUGUGACAAAGAGCAGCUGCGUUCAAUCUGCACUCGAGACCCACUGUCAGAAAUAACUGAACAAGAAAAGGAUUUCCUUUGGAGCCACAGGCAUUACUGCGUAAAUACGCCAGAUAUCCUACCUAAAUUGCUCUUGUCUGUCAAAUGGAACUCUAGAGAUGAAGUAGCCCAGAUGUACUGCUUGAUAAAAGACUGGCCUCCCAUCAAGCCUGAACAGGCAAUGGAGCUUUUGGACUGCAAUUACCCAGAUCCGAUGGUGCGAGCAUUUGCAAUUCGAUGUCUAGAAAAAUAUCUGACAGAUGACAAACUCUCUCAGUAUUUGAUUCAGCUGGUACAGGUUCUGAAAUAUGAGCAGUACUUGGAUAAUCUGCUCGUGAGAUUUUUACUGAAGAAGGCACUAACCAAUCAAAGAAUAGGACACUUCUUCUUUUGGCAUCUAAAGUCUGAAAUGCACAACAAAAAUGUAAGCCAGAGGUUUGGUCUGCUUUUGGAGUCAUAUUGCCGAGCAUGUGGGAUGUACCUUAAACAUCUGAGCAGGCAGGUAGAAGCUAUGGAAAAACUUAUUAACCUCACAGACAUCCUUAAACAGGAGAAAAAGGAUGAAACUCAAAAGGUACAGAUGAAAUUCCUUGUGGAGCAAAUGAGGCGGCCAGACUUCAUGGAUGCAUUGCAAGGCUUUAUAUCUCCGCUCAAUCCUGCUCAUCAGCUUGGAAAUCUUAGGCUUGAGGAGUGCAGGAUUAUGUCAUCUGCUAAAAGGCCACUUUGGCUUAAUUGGGAAAACCCAGAUAUCAUGUCUGAGCUGCUGUUUCAGAACAAUGAAAUCAUCUUUAAAAAUGGAGAUGAUCUACGUCAGGAUAUGCUGACACUUCAAAUCAUAAGAAUCAUGGAAAACAUCUGGCAAAACCAAGGGCUUGAUCUUAGGAUGCUGCCUUAUGGUUGUUUAUCUAUUGGCGACUGUGUGGGGCUCAUUGAGGUUGUGAGAAGUUCGCACACAAUCAUGCAGAUCCAGUGCAAAGGUGGCCUUAAAGGAGCACUGCAAUUCAACAGCCAUACAUUACAUCAGUGGCUCAAAGACAAGAACAAAGGGGAAAUGUAUGAUGCAGCUAUUGAUUUGUUUACACGCUCUUGUGCUGGCUAUUGUGUGGCUACUUUCAUACUGGGAAUUGGAGAUCGUCACAAUAGCAAUAUCAUGGUGAAAGAUGAUGGGCAGCUGUUUCACAUUGAUUUCGGACACUUCUUGGAUCACAAAAAGAAGAAGUUUGGCUAUAAACGAGAGCGUGUGCCGUUUGUCUUAACGCAAGAUUUCUUGAUAGUGAUUAGUAAAGGAGCCCAAGAAUGUACCAAAACAAGGGAAUUUGAAAGGUUCCAAGAAAUGUGUUAUAAAGCUUAUCUAGCAAUCCGGCAGCAUGCCAAUCUUUUCAUAAACCUCUUCUCCAUGAUGCUUGGUUCCGGGAUGCCAGAACUACAGUCUUUUGAUGACAUUGCAUAUAUUCGCAAGACUCUUGCAUUGGACAAAACGGAGCAGGAAGCGUUGGAGUAUUUCAUGAAACAGAUGAAUGAUGCUCAUCAUGGUGGCUGGACAACAAAAAUGGACUGGAUCUUUCAUACAAUCAAGCAACAUGCCUUGAACUGAAACAAAAAUGAAUGUGCUGAAAAACUGAUGACCCAUUUUGUGGCUGUUUCACUGCACUGUUGGCAGUAAAGAUUGGUUGCAUCUUAAUUGCACAAACCAUGAACAGCAUUUGAACUUGCAGCAAGAUUAAAAAAACAACAACCUCAAAGCUAUUUAAAUACGUUAAACAGGGUUUCGGAACACUACAGACUGUAUUACAAAUACAACUUUUCCUGUAUCUACAGUCAUGUUAUGCCUUAAGUCCAGGAAGGUAUACUUCAUAGAUUUGUUUGUUUGAUUGGGGAAUCUGUGCCGAGCAUUAAAACCAGUCGUUCACAUGUUCCAGUUGGUCUGGUGAAAAUUGGGCCCAUGUAGGUUUGCAAAAGAAGGAAAGCUUAGCAAUAUUAAUUGCUCCUGAGAGUUUUCCUCUCCCAUGAACUCCAGUCAGUAAAUUAGAGAAGAUUGUGCCUUCUUAAUGUCAGAUAUAAUUGAUGGAUUUUAGAGUAGCAAUUUUCAUUUGACUAUUUCAGACAAGUUAUUAGGUGUAGAUCUUAAGAUUCUGCUGGACAGUAUUACCGGUAGUAGGGUUUCAAUGAUCACCUCUCCCACCACCUCAAACGUCUGGCUAGUGGAGAGGAUUGGGUUUAGUGCAACACUUUCAGAUUUGAUUUUUUUUUCUAACCUAAACCUCAGUACAUUUUUUUCAUGCAUGUUUUUCAGAACCUAAAAAGAGGUGAGUUGUUAGAAUUAAAGAUUAUUUUUAUAAAGGUUAUUUAUAUAACAGAAGCUAUUAAUAUAUAAUACUUCCUUACAUUGAUUUGUCCAAUUUUGUCAUUUUAAUUUUGUAGAUCAUUUCUCUAAGAGCCUACUUGUAUAAGCCGCUAGGCUGAUGUUGUGGUUUGUGGGAUCAUAUUUAAAGAUCCUUCUGCUGGUCUGGGGCAUGAGUUGUCCAUGUGUUCUUAGGCGUGACUCUAAGGCCCUACACCAAGCUCACUUCUGGCAGGAAGGGGUUAGGAACUUUCCAACAGGAAGCUUGGUAGAGCAGCAUAGCUGCACCCCACUAUUUAGUACGCUGUUUAGUUGCACCAGCACAAACUUCUAUUCCUGUGGUUGACCCUCUAUAACAAGGCUCAUUUGUUUGCUUGGAAGCGGUUUUCUGUUGAAAUCUGUGGGCUUCGUUUCCAAGUAAACACACUUUAAGACUAGAAUGUCCAACUCCAUUGUCUAUAGCGUUCUCAAAUUUUGAUAGUGAGUUUAAGUCAAGCAACAAACCCUUGCUGAAAUUCAAAAUUGACUUGGCAGAUCAAUGGUAAUCCUUUGCUUGGGACCAGGUCGAUCAGUGGGAAUGCAAAGACUUUGACUUUGACUUUGUCUAAGUGCUCCCAAGGAGCAACAUUCUCUUGCAAAACCUCUUUGAUUGGCUUUCAGUACUCUUGUUCAGCAUAAUCAGAAGAGAGACUUGCAUGGAUUAGGAAAUGAGGGGAGGGGAAGACGAGUACCCUUCACCCUCUGCUUUUUCACCCAGUGCUGGCACACAGAUUAAGAUCAGUUAUUGGAAAAGCUUUUGCUUCCACUAGUAACUGUUUUUACUUCCAACGGAAGUAUAAACAGAAGGUUUUUACUUCUAGUGGAAGUAUAAACAGAACGAUAACUUGCAACAAAUGCUUCCAGUGCCAAUUUCAGCUCUGGUAUUUUAGGGUGGAAUGAGGCCCCACAUGUCUUCCUUCAAAUACUAUCUCAGGCAAUACUCUUCAAAUGAUAUGCUGGGCAUUUUGUUAAUCCUGGACUUUGGAGUCCAUCUCUGUCUUAGCCCUCUUUCUUGGACUGUUAAACAGAAGCUGCUUAAUUGCAGUAACCAACAUACUAGAAAAUCACUGUAUUUUCAAUCUGAUCACUAAAUGGUCCUUUGUACUGCAAGAGACAAUAGUCCAUAGCAUGCAGAGCUAGCAACCAAUACUUUAUACCUGUUUGUGUGCUUGUGUGUGUGUGCGUGUGUGUGUGUGUACAUAUAUAUAUAUACAUAUAUAUAUAUCUGUAUAUAUCUGUCUUUAAAACAACAAAACUUAUACAACUAGCAGAACCAUUGGUACAACUUAUUCCAAAAUGUCUUUUUUAAUAAGGCCAGGUAUUUUGAGCCCGGGAUAUGUAAGGUGCCAUUUCUUCCAUAAUAAUGUUAUUGUCUCACUUGACUCACAGCAUCUGAAAAUGUUUCAGAAAUUUGGAUAUUUGAGUUCACUUGCCUUUUCUUCUGUCUUUCAAAUCUAGGUAUUACUUUGAGUGCAAUACCAGUUUGAACAUAAUUUGCUGACGUUAGGUCAUUAUAAAUAAAUUUGUAUAGACUUAAUGGACAAGAGGCUAUAUUUCUUCAGCAAGAUAAAUAUUAAGUAGGCUGCUUGUUGUUGAACUUGAAAGGGGAAAAACCACCCACCAUGCUGAGUGUUCUUAUUUUUGUGGAUACAGAUUUGCAGCUGCAGAGGUAACAUAACUGUUACCAGGCAGCCCUGGUGAAAAUUACAAAUACACUCUUCUUGAAAACUAAUAUCGAUACAAAUAAUGCCAAGUGGGUUUGUAGAAAAACAGCUAAUGCUAGACUGAUGGAAAUAGAGACAUAUGAAUUAUCUGACUUGAGGUGGAGAGAAGACUGUUAGUCAAAAGUCACUGGAUCCCAGCCAAUGUGCUUGUUUUCUUCUCUGUGUUGCCUUGUAUAUGAUUGUCAUAGAGAUAGAUAGAUAGAUAGAUAGAUAGAUAGAUAGAUAGAUAGAUAGAUAGAUAGAUAGAUAGAUAUGAAUGACUCUUAGGCUGUAGUCAACAGUUUUGCAGCUUUUGGGGAUCUGCUCACUUGGGAAUAAUGAUAAACUUCAUGCUGUGAUAUUUUUAUAAGAACAUAGACCCUGUUUUAUAACAAGUCAGUCAAUGGAUCCACCUAAUUCAUUAAUUUUUAUGUGAAUAGGCAGCCCUGUCUAGGAUUUUUUUUAUUGUCCUUUCUUGAAACACCAGGGAUUGAACCUGCAAACUUCUGCAGACAAAGCAUGUGUUCUACCACUGAGCAGUGACCCUUUCGCAAUCCAUAUCCUACUCAUUUAGCAAUUGUAAUAUAUUUUACCAUACAGAAUAUCAUCAUCUUUACUUGUGUUCUAGUUCUCCACACUUAAAAAAGGUCAAUGAGCAAUCUUGUCUGGUUACAGAAGCCUAUGACAUCAUUUCUGGCAAGCUUUUGUUGAGUUCAGGUGGGUGGUUGCAAAUUCUACCUUUCAAGACUAUGAAGAUUAAGGUUGGGUUUUUUUUUGCAGGGGUGGGGAAUGCAUAAUGUCUGCUGAAGACUUAAACCAUUUCAAGGCUUCUUGGAAAGUGCUGACCACCUAGUUCCUGGCUGUAUGGUGCCAGCAAUCUGAAGUACUUAGGAAGGAGAUACACACACACACACACACACGCACACACACACACACACACACACACACAGCUGUUAAAAUCUGCUGUUCCAUUGAUACUUCUGUGGUUGGGUUUGGGCCUUGAAGACGGGUAUAAUGGUCUAAAGAUUCAAAAUUGGGUUUAGUAAGUACAAAGUAAAACAACUUUUACUCUUUAAACACCUUGUAAGAAACCAGCUUUCUGGGAGUGAUACUUUGAGAAGUGAGGGGCUGUUCCCCAACUAAUGAUGUUAUUUCCCUGUCUUUUGCUUCCCUUUUUCUGAAGAUGCUACUACCACAGCUUCAGUCCACCCACUAAAAUUGCUUGGGGACCAAUUCUGUUGCCAUGAAUACCACCUGCCGCACUUCUUCCAGAAUUGGUCCCCAAGCAACCAACUGAUACCCCGCAAAGGGCUGGCCCUUGGCCCAGUUGUUGACCUGACUAGCAGUCGAUAUAUCAUUUUUAAAAGGAGAACUGUUUUAUUCCUACGGCUCUCCACAUCUUUAGAUAAAGAGUAGCCAGUAUAUGUGGUGAAAAGAAAGUUUUAUAAACAUGUUUUGCUACGUCAAAAUCAAGUGAUUUGUCAUUACAUGGGAAAGACAACAAGCCCAUGUAUUUUAUGGACAUGAAUGAAAAUUAGAUGAAAGUAGUUCACUUGAGAUGGGAUUGUCCUUCUCUUAGUAUUUGCUGUUUUUUAAUGGAGAGCCAUGUAAAACAGGAGUGUCUGCUGACAUUUUUUGUUCCUUAUAAUCUGCAUGCUCAGUGUUUGAUCUCUGUAUUUUUCUCCAGUUUUAGUGUCUGCACAGAUUACAGACCAUGGCUGGACCCGUCUAUACAGAAGGAAAGCAAGAACCAUGGUCCCACUCUGAAUUCUUCCCCACCCAGCUACUUUUUGCUUUUUAAAAAUUAAGAGAUGGAAGAUCUAAUCACGACGCUUCAUUGCCUCAUCCAGUCUGGCCCUAAACUUACCUAUUUUCUGAUUUGGAGUCAUAUGUUACAUUUUUCCAAACUUUCUUUGCAAUAAAUGUGAUGCACUUUUCUCUCUUUGCUUGUGUAACUGGCUGUAACAUAUCAAGUAGGCUGGUUGCAUAGAUUACGCUUCCCCACCGCUUGAGAAUAACCAACUUGCUAGGCAUUUAAAUGCUAGAUGUAAAUGAUUCCAAAAUUAAGAUACACAGAGAGAAAGAUUGGAGGGAAUAAUCUGAAUUUUAAAGGAUGUUCCAGUGAUGAAUGAGAUCUUGAGUAUUACUGAAGAGCUGUAAAUAAAAACAACAUAAUAUGAAUAUUUAAAGUAGGUGACUGCUAAUUAAUCUGAAAGUAACAAGCUUAUUGUGAAACAUUUCUACAUGUAACAUAGUAAUGCAUAGAGUUGCUGCAUUUUUAGCUCCAAUUUCCACCUACGUCAGUGCUAAUUGACAUUUAGCAGCUGUGGAGGCUGGUCCAUUAGGGCAUGUGGGCAACUGCCCCACCAACUACAGUCCGACCUAAGCCUGCCUUCCUUACAUCCAGUCCAGGAGGUACCACAGUCCUACCAUUGUGGACCUUAGCAGGGAGGAAGAUGGGCGAAACUAGAAUUAGUUGCCUCUAGCUCCACCCAAGUCCCAAGAGGACUAGCCACCAAGAUAAUCAUACUCAACAUCUAUUUAGUGUCUUCUAUUUGUUAGGUGCUGUAUCAAGAGCCCUGCAAGCAUGAUGUGGAUGAGACUGGAUUGAAAAAGAGGGCAGUGCCAUUUAACAACUAUAGUAACUAGGGGGUUCCAACCAUUGGGGGCCAGUGGGUAUAUCUGGAAUUUUGAGAAAGGUCUGUGGGUGCCCGUCAGAAAAUGGCUGUUGGGUGUGUAGAAGAGGCUGAGCCAGUGCACACAGGAACUGAGUCAGAAGAGCAAGCUAUCUCCUGCAUUGUGGGUUUUUAGGGAAUAUUUACUGAGACCUUUUGCAGGCACAGUAGGAGGUUCUGGUGGGCACCCUGAGGUCUGCGGGUGCUGCGUUGUCAAUCCCUGACUUUGAGGGACACGAAAAAGGCAAUAGAAGAUAAAAGAUGGACCAGAGUGAUUUAAUUACAGGUCUUUUUCUCUUUUUUUUAGAGGUGGUGGGACUUGAAAGAAGCAGAGGAAGCUAGCCAGAGCAACAGAAUAGAUUUAGAGGUGUGGCCAUGGAAGAGUUAAAAGGGAAUUGCAGAAGAAUAUGAAUAAUCUGAAAGGGGGGGGAAUAGCAUAAGCGAAGAGAGAAAUAAAUGGCUAUGCUGCUUUUUGGCCAAUACUGUAACUCUCAAACCACUGCCCUGGAAUUUUGGUGAAGAGUGGUUAAGAUUUUAAUAAUAAUAACAAUGUAUGUGCAUGGUUACAUAUAGGGGGUUAAGGGAGGGGUAGUAUGUCUGGUGGAGGAAACAUCAUGCUCCUUCUGGGGUAGUUUACCCACCUUUGGCCACAGCAUGCACUCUCCUAUCACCUGUGGCUUCUAGAAGCUGUCAGCAUGUAACAGCAGCCACCUGAACAGCAGAUUGAGCAGACCCACAGCUCACCUGAUCACCAUCUCUGUCACUAGUGAGAUGCAUUGUAUUUCUAUUUGAAUUUUAAUAAAUGUUUCUAAAUUUGUGUCUAUGAAUAUAAAUUAGCCUAUGGAGAUUUAUGUCCUCUCUCAUUCUUUUUUGUAGGGUGAGGUUUUCUCUCUUGGAAAAUAUGUAAGUGGCCAACCUUUGUAGAUUAUAUUAGCCCGUUUGUAAAACCAGGAAACGGUGAUCACAACACACUGCCUUGGAUUAAAGUGAAAUGAGACUGCAGCAUAGAAAGGGGCACUGCAGAAGCAAGAUUCCUAUGCAGAGCCUUCUCCUGCCAUGGCUGUGAUGCGAUAUGAGGCAUGUUGUUUUAAAAAGCCCUUUGGCCUUGCACUGCUGUAGCACCUAUGAUCUAGCUAUUACAAGUCUAGGUAUGUAGAUACAAGUGCAGUAUAAGAAUGCAUGCAGAAUAUUUGCCUAUUACAAGGAACAGCUUUAACAACUAUGAGAUGCUUUUAGUGGCCUUGCAGCUUCAAGUCCAACUGCCAAAGCUGGACACUGAUCUGACUUCAACACACACCUCCUGCCAUUGUUGGCACCUGUUUGUCUUGAGAGACAAUGGAGUGUGCCUCUGGGGGUGAAGUCAAACCACUGUGUUAGCAGCACUGAAGUGACUUCCCUGGGGUACAAGCCUGGGCAGCAUGUAUAAAGGUCCUGGGCUGCCCAGAUGACAACACUCCCAUCUUGGCCUUGCUGAUGAGGUCCAAAGGAAAGCAGAGCAAUAUGUUUCCUGGAGGUGUACAAGACGCCAUCUGACUUAGGAGCUCCAUUCUAGGUUUAUGUAGGGUUUACUCCUUAGCCCAGGCAUCCCCAACCUGCGGCCCUCCAGAUGUUUUGGCCUACAACUCCCAUGAUCCCUAGCUAACAGGACCAGUGAUCAGGGAUGAUGGGGAUUGUAGUCCAAAACAUCUGGAGGGCCAAAGUUUGGGGAUGCCUGCCUUAGCCUUUUCUUCUGAAGAUAAUCCGCAAGGCAGCGGAGGUUUAGGAUCAAGAGUUUUUCUUCUCCUAGAUGGGCACCCUUCCCAGGUUGACUAGUCCCAUCUGCCCCUCAUUUCCCUCUACAGCAUGAGCAGAAACCGCCUUCUUGACCGCUGGACCAACUAUUGAUUUCAUCCGCCGGAGCCUGUCUUCACAUGCAGGGAAAGUCCCUAACUCACUUAGGGGUUGAGACCCAUUAGCUACCCUCACUUGGUUUAGCUGGCCAGUUGAAGCCGUUCCUGGGCUGUGGCUGCUGUCGCAUGCUGGCAGCUUCUAAGAAACCACAGGUGAGAGCUGAGUGGAGGGUGGGGACCAAAGGUGGACAAACUACCUCAGGAGCGUGAUGUGUCCACCACCAGCGGUACUGCCCCUCCCCUAAUGCUCCAUACACCACCUGCCAUACACUUCAACCAACAUUCAGGGAUGUGAAAUCUAGGUAAUGGUCAGGCAACCAUACAAUUGCCUUGCACUCAUUGGUGAAUUAAUUCCAACAUUCUCUGCAACUACUCACAUAAUUGCUUCAUCUCCUAGGCCAGGCUUCCUCAAACUCGGCCCUCCAGAUGUUUUUGGCCUACAACUCCCAUGAUCCCUAGCUGGC